AUUCGACUUUGAGAUAUUCAGCAACCGCUUUUGUCAUCUCAGGAACUUGGGAUCGAUUUCAUUUCUGCUUUUCUUCUCCUGGAUUUUCUUAUGGUCUUGUGCGGACUUAUGAUGGAGAAUUAAAAUGGUGAGGAAGAAAAAGCUGCUGGUGUUUGAAAUUUGUGGAAGCAUGAUGUGGGAUGGAUAAACGACAACAGAACUCUACUAUGGCCUCUAAUGACCCUGACCUUCCUGACCCCGCCGGUGACCCCCAGCCAGGUGACCUCAUUGAGAUCUUCAGACCGGCCUAUCAGCACUGGGCUCUCUACCUGGGAGACGGUUACAUCAUCAACUUGACUCCUGUUGAUGAGAACCAGGCAGCCGCCAUGUCCAGCGUGAAGUCGGUGUUCAGCAGGAAGGCCGUGGUGCGCAUGCAGCUGCUGAAGGAGGUGGUGGGAAGCGACUCGUACCGCGUCAACAACAAGUACGACCACAACCACACGCCGCUGCCCACCUGCGAAAUCAUCCAGCGAGCGCAGGUCCUCAUCGGCCAGGAGGUGUCCUACGACCUGCUGGGGAGCAACUGCGAGCACUUUGUUACCCUCCUGCGCUACGGGGAGGGGGUGUCCGAGCAGGCUACACGGGCCAUCGGGGCCAUCAGUCUGGUGACGGCAGCAGCCAGCGCCUUCUCCGUCCUGGGACUGAUCAAUACACGAUCCAGAAACAGGCCUUUCUGACAGCUGUGUUCACUGAAGGGGGUUGUGUUUUUCUGACACUCAUGCGGCUGUGAUUAAAAUAAAAUCAAGCAUUAAUAAAGACGCGUUA